GUAUUGACAUAAAAAUAAACAAAAAUCAAAACUAUCACGAAUUGCACGAAUUCGAUGUGCUAUUUUCUUUGUUAAAUAUUUAUUACUUAAUUCACAAUGUUGUUAACACAAAAGUUACCGAAAAUGAAUAACAUCAAAAAAGAUAUAAAUAGUACGGAGACAUACAAAACUUUGUUCUCGAAACUCGAAAAUCCGGAUAUUACAUAUCAGAAUUUUGUGAAGAGAUUGGCCAGGUUUCAUUUUCAAAUCAGGGCUAUUAUGCAAGAUAUUUUGGAAUGCAGAGAGUCAAUGGAAGCUUUGAAUGCUCUGAAUGAGAAGGGAAGGACAAGAAUUAAUCAACUCCGAGACGAGUUAGAAUUGCUAGAGCUGUACAGCAAAGACUGCGGAGACCCUAAAUAUGUGGUUGAACUAGAAUCACAGAGGCAUCAAUUAGCUGGGCUCCUAAAAGAAUUUAAGGAGGCCAAUAUUAGCUCAAUUUUUGCUAUAGAAAAGGCUCAACGUGAGGAGCUGAUGAAACCCGCAGAGACCGAAGAAGCUGGAGUUAGGAACAGACGGAAGAAGGUGGACAGAGAUGGACUGCUCAAAAUGUCGUCUGGUGUGACUGAACAGCUGCUAUCAAUAAGCAGACACUUGGCCGACACUACACAAAGGAGUCAAGACACUCUAGAUAGCUUAGUGUCUUCCAGCUCUUCAGUACAUGGAACCAAAGCAGAGCUGCAAAAUACAGCAAGCACAAUAACGCAGUCUAGUAAAUUGCUGACGAAAUAUGGCCGCCGGGAGUUCACCGACAAAGUCAUUAUGUUCUUCGCAUUCCUCUUCUUCUUGGCUGUCUGUCUGUACAUCGUGCAGAAGAGAAUCUUUUAAGGACUUAAGUGUGAUAUAAUAUAUGAAAUUAUUUAUGGUUUAAUCAAUAAUAUAUGUGUAUAGUGGCUAUUGUGAAAUGGUUUU